AUGACUACGCUUUUCGACAUGUUCUUCAUGUAUUCCAUCCUGGAGCGCGACGGCGAGCUCGAGAAAGCCAAGGGCAAGGUUGCCCAGGCUGCUGCUCAGGCUACUCAGGCUGCUGCUCAGGUUGCCCAGGCUACUACCAACAUGGCUAUCGAAAAGGCCAAGGCUAAAACCCAAGCUGCUACCAUGGCUACCACCGACACCAGGACCAGCACCGCUAAUCCCGCUCCUGCUCCAGGUGACUCUGCCAAGGGUGCCAAGCUCUUCCAGACCCGUUGCGCUCAGUGCCACACCGUUGAGGCUGGCGGCCCCCACAAGGUCGGCCCCAACCUGAACGGUCUCUUCGGCCGCAAGACUGGUCAGGCCGACGGCUACGCCUACACCGACGCCAACAAGCAGGCCGGUGUCACCUGGGACGAGAACUCUCUGUUCAAGUACCUCGAGAACCCCAAGAAGUUCAUCCCCGGUACCAAGAUGGCCUUCGGUGGUCUGAAGAAGGGCAAGGAGCGCAACGACCUCAUCACCUACCUUAAGGAGUCCACUGCCUAA